UGCUUCCGGCCGGCCGAUGUGGGGCCUGAGGCACGCGGGGGGCGGAACCCGUACCCCGGAUUGCGACCGGGACCCCGCCUGCGACCCGGGUCGCGACCUCCACCCAUCCCACCCAUAUGGCCCGGCACGUGUUCCUGACGGGGCCCCCAGGAGUUGGAAAAACAACAUUGAUCCAGAAAGCCAGUGAGCUGUUAAAGUCCUCUGGUGUGCCUGUUGAUGGAUUUUACACAGAAGAAGUCAGACAGGGCGGGAGAAGAAUAGGAUUCGAUGUUGUCACGUUGUCUGGCACGCGGGGACCUUUAUCUAGAGUUGGGUUGGAGCCUCCGCCUGGAAGACGUGAAUGCCGAGUUGGGCAGUAUGUGGUGGAUCUGGCUGCCUUCGAGCAGUUGGCGCUUCCCGUCUUGAAGAAUGCGGGUUCCAGCAGUGGCCCAGGGCAGAGAGUGUGUGUCAUUGAUGAGAUUGGGAAAAUGGAGCUCUUCAGUCAGCCUUUCAUCCAGGCUGUUCGUCAGACACUGUCCAGCCCAGGGACCAUAGUCCUUGGCACAAUCCCAAUCCCCAAAGGAAAACCGCUGGCCCUCGUGGAAGAAAUAAGAAACAGGAACGACGUUAAAGUGUUCAGUGUCACCAAGGAAAACAGAAACCACCUUUUGCCGGAUAUCGUGACGUGCGUGCAGAGCAGCGGGAAGUGAAGAGGAUCUGUGUUGUGCUUGUGUGCACGGGAAGGACUGUUGCCAGCUCACAAGGAGCCUGAGCAGGGCGCUGCCCACCGAGGUCUCCUGCCUUAAGGUUUAGGGAACCUUGUGGGCUCUUCCCAAGAAAGCCUAACAGCUGGUUUCCAUAAAAUGUUUAAAAGAUCAAAUUAGCCCUAAUGCUGGAUUGACUCUACAAGAUUAACAGUGCACUGUGGCUUGUUUAUGCUGAGAGAUUUCUGUUUGUUUCCUCUUGCAGUUGUGCGUAUGAUUUGGGUAAAUUACAAAAUGAGAAAUGGUUUUCAGAGUAUUCGAUGGAAUUUGCCCCAUUGAGUUUGUGCACGUGUCCGGGGAAGCGGGAGGGAAGAGCCCACUGCCUGAUCAACUCUGCGUGUCAUGAAGAUUCACUCCUCCUGGCGCAGCCGCGGUCUCCUGCAGCUUCAAGUGAUAGCAGUUCAUUGAUUUUUAAAAAUUAUUAUUCAAAAGAAAACCAUUGUAGGUCAUCCUCUGACCCACCUCUGUUUGUUUGUUUGCUUACUGCUUAAUAAAAUAAAAAUAAAUGUGGUGGUUACACA